AACAAAUGCACAGACACAUAUAAGAUCCAAAGUAACACAAAACAAAAAUGUUUUUAUAUCAUGGUUUGAUGGAGCGAUUUUCGUUUAACUUAUUGCAUACAUACCUUACGUAUACAUCCCGUCUGUGAAAACUUCUAUUGAUUCUAACCUCUGUUACGGCUGUUACGGUGGAGGUGGGAAUCCACAAGUCCGUGUGGAAAUCAAUUAAAUCCAGCCAAGACGAACAACAGACCAUUGGACUUGACACAUUUAUGUAUCACUGGUCAAAAUGCUUCGCAGCUACGAAGGUGUCCGAUUUCUUCCGGGCAAACAAAUGGUUAUAUUGGACAUCGGCAGUGCAUACACGAAAUUUGGUUGGGCUGGUGAGCCUACUCCGCGCGGUAUAAUAAGGACGGAAAUUAAAUGUCCAGAGACUAAAGUACUUCGGAGAAUCUACGAUUACAAAGACACGAGCGAUUUGUAUCAGUUACUCGUCGAGUUCCUUCACGCCCUAUUCCUCAGACACGUCGUGAUAAGUCCAAAGGAUUCUCGGAUACUCGUUUUAGAAUCUCUGUUAGCUCCGAUAGAAUUCAAGGAAACGUUGGUGAGAGUAUUGUUUAGACACUUUGAGAUUGGAUCCUUAUUGCUGCUAUCUACACACUUGGCACCUAUCAGUACCUUGGGUGUAAGUUCAGCUUUAGUACUGGACGUUGGAUACAAGGAAGCGACCCUGAUUCCAAUAUUUGAAGGCGCACAGAUUCUGAAAGCAUGGCAGGUUCUCCCAUUGGGUGGCCAAGUCGUACACGAGUAUUUAAUGAAGUCUCUGAAGGAACUGAAUCCUAACGUAGAUAUCACAGAGAAACUUGUGGAGGAGAUAAAAGUACGAACAUGCUUUGUCACUUCACUUGAAAGAUCUGUGAAACUGGACACGGCACAAGCCCCUGAUCCUCCUCCAGCAGUUAAAUAUCCUGGAGUUAAGAGUAUCAACGUACCUGGGGAAGUCAGGGAGAAAGCGUUCGAAAUGUUAUGGGAGAGAGAUAACGAUAAUCUCAGUAUACCUACAAUGAUUCUAGAUGCUAUUAUAAAGUGCCCAAUAGAUACCAGACAAGUUUUAGCAGAAAAUAUACUCUUAAUUGGUGGCACAACGAUGACAAAAGGCUUUGCGAGUCGUCUUAAAUCCGAGCUCUUAACUCUCGUUAAAAGCAAUUAUUAUGCGGAUAAGUUAAAGAUUCAUACAUUCAAGUUUCAUACUGCUCCGAGCAAACCGAAUUAUACAGCGUGGCUAGGCGGUGCUAUAUUCGGGAGUGUAGAUUUACCAUUAAGGUGUCUGACGAAGGAGAAUUAUCUGAAAAUGGACAGAGUUCCAGAUUGGGUAAAUUUGAUAGACAAUCAAAGAGACAGUUCGCCAGUUUACGAAGCCUGAGACGUCGCCUAAUUCAAAGAUACUUGUGUCCUUCUUUGCUACAGAAGUAGCGUAUCCUAAUUGUUAAAUUUACAUUUGUACAUAUAUGGUAUUUAUUUGAUAUUUAUUAUUUUUCGUAUUAACGU